UUACUAAAUAUAUAUAAUAAUAUAAAACGAUGGAGUUAAAAAUGGCCCAAGCUAAUCAACGAAACCGAUUCAAACUCUCUCUAAAGAAAAAUAGACUGAAAACAUCUAACCGUGGUUCUGAUGUCAUUGUUCUCGACGAAUCAUUUGAUAACCUACGCUCUGAAUUUAUGACAAAUGGUCAAUCAAAACCUCAGACGUAUUCUCCAAUCGUGAUCAACGAUUCUUGCGACGACUUAUUUGAUCAAUUAUUAUCAUUGGAUAAGACGCCGAGUAAAGCUGGCAAUGUUUCCUUCAAUCUGACAAAUGAUUGCACAUCACCAGUAAAACAAGAUUCCAGGCCCAGUAUAGGAGGCUGGUCGCCCGCCCAGAACAUUAUAUGUGCUACUCCCAAACAUGACACUAUUCCUUCCACACCAUUGGACAAAGCUAAUGUGACUUCAGAACAAUGCUCCAUCAAGAAAAUACAAGAUUCACAUCAUAAGCUACUAAGCGAUCUAUAUGGAGAGUCAUGGAAAUCAAUACCGACAUUAUUCAAACACUUACAACAAAAUCAUGACAAUUUGGAUGGUAUUUCUAAGCAAUUACAUUUUAACGAUGAAGAGGAUAGUGACAAGGAGAACAUACGAUCUGAUUUAAAAAGGAAUAAAGCUCUAUAUUUAACGGACUCUGAGAUCAAAAAGAAAAAUGAUUUAGUUGAUUUUGAGAGAAGAUCUAAAAAGAAAUUAUACACAGAAAAGAUUCCUAGUGUCCCAGAUCCCGACCCCGAACCAGAAAUAUUUAAGCCAAAAUCGAUUAAAAAUAAAAAUGUAAAUAGUUCAACAAAGAAAACAAAAGGUUUGUCAGUUACCGAAAUAGUGAAGGUGAUGCGAAAUGAUGUUGAUCUAAUAACAAAAAAAGUUCAAAGUGUAACAGUUACUCCUAAGAAAGAUGAAAUUAAGAGGCUUAGCUUCGUUGGAUCAUUGGCAGAUAAUGUUCCCUCUUGGCGCUGUCACCUAGAAGCAUUGCAGUAUCAUGAUAAUUAUAAAAAAUUACGCGAACAACUUGCCAGACGUCUGUAUAUUGAAUUCAAUAAAACUGUAUUUGAUAAUGCGUUGGAUGCCGAUAUGCCAAUUAUAUGGGAUACAAAAUUAAGAAGCACAGCUGGAACAACGACCAAUAGACUGGUAAAAACAGCAAGAGGUGAUAAAAUACGUACUUCAAGUAUAAAACUAUCAACAAAAGUAAUUGAUGCAGUGCAAAGAUUACGUGACACGCUCAUACAUGAACUCUGUCACGCUGCAACGUGGCUCAUUGACGGUGAGCUGAGAGCGGGACAUGGGCCAUUAUGGAAGAAAUGGGCAACACAAGCACUUAAAAAGUUUCCAGAGCUUGGUGAGAUAUCAAGAUGCCACAAUAUGGAAAUACAUUACAAGUAUGCAUAUAAGUGCACUAAAUGUGGCUACAGUAUUAAAAGACAUUCAAAAUCAAUAGAUAUAACGAAAAAGUGUUGCGGUUAUUGCCGGGGAAAAUUUGAGAUUAUAGUCAAUAAGAAGAACAAGGACGGCGUCAUCGUAUCUACGCCGGCUAGAAAGGGAGGUCCGAACGAUUUCGCGUUAUUUGUCAAACAGAACUACGGUACCCUUAAAGAUGGUACGAAGACCCAUGCUCAAGUCAUGAAGUUGCUAGGGGAACAGUUUUCAGCUAAAAAGGAUAAAAAUCAAAAAAAAGAACUGAUCAGUGAUUUUAAUAGUGAUUAGUUGAAAAAUGCUUGCCAUUAUCAAAAAUGUUAUUUUUUUAGUUAAUGUUUGAUGAUAUACUUGAAACCCAAAAAAAUUGAAAAGACGUUAUUUUUCACAUUUAAACUCCUUUAAGCAAUUUAAGCGCUGCUGCAAUGCAA